AACAGCGUGUUAUUUAUACAUUUUUUUUAUGCCGUUUCAUUGUGAUUACAAUAAUAUGUUUAUCGUAAUAUUGUAUGCAAGACAAAUUAUAGUGCCCACACGCAUUAUGUUAUUAUUCCACGGCCCUUUACGUCGUUUAAGAAAGUCUGUUUCUCCUUCUCUCGCUGCUUAGUUUCCCGCAUUCCUAUACAGCCACGUCGACCGGCCGUUUCCCUUCCAGCGCGAGUUUUCCACUGAACGGAAAACCCAACCGCGUCCACAGUCGUACAUUUUCACGUUUAGUUUGGUCACGUUAACUGCGGUCACAAGUUCGGACAUGUUUCAUACGGUGGAAGACGCCAACCAUAAUAUCUACUGUCUGUCGUGAAACCCGGCACAAAUGGGCGUCAAGUAUUUUUACUCGCUGUCCGUGGUCGCUUGUUUUACGGUGGUGUGCGUCAGAUGUGAUUUGUCGUCGUCGUCGGUCGAAGAGGAAACGGCGGCCGCGUCUUAUGAAGAAACGAAAAGGUCGCUGUACAACGAUGACAGUGCUCUGGAGGCGACGCACGUAGACGGUGGCUCCACCGACCGGCAGCUAAAGCGGUUCAUAGUGCCAGUCAGCACUUCGGACCUGGGACUCGAGACUUCCAGCUCCAGACCAUACUUCGUGCACCAACACAUGCAACACUACAAACACCCCCGAAACCAGCAGCAGCAACACCACCAACACCACCAACACCAACACCCGCAGCACCAACAGCAGCUGCAACAUAAUCAGCAACAACAACUGCCACAGCAGCAGCAGCAGCAAUCUCCGCAGUCGCAGCCACAGCACCAUUCGCAUCAGUACCACCACCAAGGUCGGGGACAAGCGGCUGUCGAUCAUUUCGGGUUCGGGCCUUCGUCUCCGGGAAGCACUGGCGGGGGUGGAGGCGGUGGUUAUACAGAUCAGUCAGACAACUUCUACCAGUCAUUGGGUGGUGGUGGUGGUGGUGGUGGUGGUGCAUCAAAAUAA